CUACCUAUUUUGUUUACAGCCACUUUAUUGCAAUUUGCAAUUAUAAUCUGCCUCUUGCCUCAUUAUUUAUUUGAAAAUUGAGAUUAAAGUAUUUUUCAAAUAAAGAAUCAAAGGCUUUGCAUCAAUGGCUUCAACCACAAAGUCUGGUUCCAUUGCCGGCAAUGCCAGCAGUUCAGCACCAUCCACGUCGACACCAGCCCCACCAACUAACGUACAAGAAUUCAAUAUACGCGUACCGAAAAAUUUACGAAAGAAGCAUCAUGUUAUGCGCUUUAAUGCCACAUUAAACGUUGACUUUGCUCAAUGGCGCAGCGUAAAAAUGGAGCGUGAAAAUAAUAUGAAAGAAUUUCGUGGCAUGGAAGAAGAUAUGCCCAAGUUUGGUGCAGGCUCCGAAUAUAAUCGUGAUCUACGGGAGGAAGUGCGUCGCAAAAAAUUCGGCAUAAUUGCCAAAAAGUAUCGACCUGAAGCGCAACCAUGGAUAUUAAAGGUAGGCGGCAAGAAUGGUAAAAAGUUUAAAGGGAUUCGCGAGGGAGGUGUUAGUGAAAAUGCAGCCUUUUAUGUGUUCACACAUGCACCAGAUGGUGCCAUUGAAGCGUAUCCCUUAAAUGAAUGGUACAACUUCCAACCAAUACAGCGUUACAAAUCGCUAUCUGCCGAAGAAGCCGAACAAGAGUUUGGGCGACGAAAGAAGGUGAUGAACUAUUUUUCACUUAUGUUACGUAAGCGUUUAAAAGGCGACGAAGAGGAAGAACAGGAUCCGGAGGAGGUGAAAGUAAAAGGAGCGAGUAAAAAGGCAAAAGAGUUAAAAAUCAGUGAAAUGGAUGAAUGGAUUGAUUCAGAUGAAGAGUCCGACUCGGAUGAAGAUGAAGAGAAGAAGAAAAAAGAAGAGGACAGUGAUGAUGAUGGCGGCAAGAAAAAAGGCAAAAAAGGGCAACAGAAGAAACCUAAGAAAAAGCGAGAUGUGGACUAUGAGGCAUUCGAAGAAUCAGACGAUGGUGAUGAGGAAGGCCGGGAAAUGGACUAUGAUACAGAAUCUAGCGAAGAUGAACCUGAUCCAGAAGCAAAAUUGAGCAAGGAUAUGAAAUCUGUGGCCGAAGAGGACGCUUUACGUAAAUUGUUGACCUCAGAUGAAGAAGACGAAGAGGAGGAAAAGAAAUCCGAUGAAUCGGAUAAGGAAAAGGACAAAAACAAAGAAGAAACAAACUCUAAAGAAAAGAAGAAAACGAAAAAAAUAUCUAAGGACGACAAGAAAGAUUCCUCUAGCGAUUUUAGUUCAGAUAGCAGCGACUCGGAAGAUGAAAAUAGCAGCAGCAAGAAAAAAACAAAAGAUUUGCCAAGUAAUAAAAGUACAGCAAAUAACAAUUCACGUUCAGCCACACCCACAGGCUCAAUAACAAAUAGCGCUACCAAACGCAAGAUUAACAAUAGCAUGCCAAGUGAUCUUACCGCUUCGGAGAAUAGCAACAGCCCAGUUACAACGCCAGCCAAAAGAACAAAGACGGAUGCGACUCCCAUGGUGCCAUCUACAUUCGCCGGAGUGGUAAAUGCUAACAAUAAGGAUGAUUAUGGUAUUACCGAAGAAGCAGUGCGUCGUUACUUGAUGCGCAAGCCCAUGACACCGACAGAACUGCUGACAAAGUUUAAGAAUAAGAAGACUGGCGUUUCGAGUGAUCGUCUGGUAGAAACAAUGACACAAAUACUUAAAAAAAUCAAUCCUGUUAAGCAAACCAUACAAAAUAAAAUGUACUUAAGCAUCAAACCAACAAAGUGAGGCAAAUGUGCAAUCGUGAAGCCCUAUUGACGAAUGGAAUCAAAUGCUUACAACAACUGGGUAUUUCCCAGAAAGUUUUAUGUGUAUAAGCUAGCAUCCGAUUAGUUGUUGAGCUUUUGAAAUUGUUUUAUGAAAUGUUUCGAUACUUUAUAUUAUACAAAACUAAUGAAAAAUAGUUUUUAGCAAAACAA